UUGGAGAAUUCAAGGUUGGCAGGGAUGCUUUUUUUAAAAUACUGUUGUAUUAUUGAUAAGUGCGACGGCGCUCUGAACUCUUCACCCUGUGUGGUUUUGCAGAGCUCACCGCAGUAACACUCUGAAGCACAGCAGCCUGUACGAAGCCUUCCUGCCCUUCCUCUCGCCCGUCCUCCUCUUCAUCCUGUCCACCAUUUGGGUGGUCUUCUCUCCAUCCAACAUCCUCGAGCUGCAGCCCAGGAUCUUCUACCUCAUGGUGGGGACAGCUUUCGCGAAUGUCACGUGUAAGCUGAUUGUGUGUCAGAUGAGUAACACACGUUGCCAGGCGCUGAGCUGGCUGUUGCUACCCAUGACGCCCGUGGUGUUGUUGGCGGUUUCUGGGGUGGUGGCCAAUGAAACCCUGCUGCUGUGUCUGUGGACCGCCGCUGUCAUGUUGGCACACAUACAUUACGGCGUUUCAGUGGUACAACAGCUCAGCAACCACUUUAACAUCUUGGCCUUCUCGCUGAAGAAGCCCAACAGUGACUGACAGGAGGAGGAACGAAUCGGCUUGAAAGAAGCGGAGGUUUAGGCUCCUCCGCUUAUCGACACUUCACUCUCAUCACCACGGAAACCACAUCCCCACCCCUCCAUCCAUGAGGACACUGCAAGUGGAAUGGACGAUAGCCCUCUUCUACACUGUCUCCAACACACACACACACACACACACACACACACACAUACACACUCAUAUUCCUAACCACCCAACCAACUAACCUCUGGUCCCUGCGAUGGGGCGGGCACAGGGGCUCUGGCUUCCGUCAUUGGUGAUUGGCUAACUUGGUUGAGCCAAUGAGGUGCAAUUGUUUCCUACGGAAAUGUGCUUCAGUCAUGAGGACAGGAGCCCUGCAAACACACAGAUACAUGUACAUACAUCGCUCUGCUUUCGUGCAGAUAAUUUAUAUCUCAUGGCAGGUAUUUAAAACACAAACACAGCCACAAACACACAGUUACACUCAAAUAGUAUUAUGAAUGUAUAAUAUGCCUUUGGGAAACGCCAUUUAAGUUUUAUUAUAUGAACAGGAAUGCCUCGAAUAGUGAUGUUUCAAAUUUGACCAAACCUCUAGAUAGUGGCCGCACAUCCACAGCUGUGUCCAGCGUUUAAAGGUUGUCAGUUCUUUUCUUUUUUUUUAAAUCAUGGGAUGUUUUUCAGUUGUAAAUCCCAGUGAUAUAUGUUAAUAGCUAUAUAUAUACUGUAUGUGUUAAAGGGGUUUGGGGCAUUUUAUUUUCAAACUGAAAAGAAAGAUUAAAAAAAGAUGAUUACUCCUGUAAAACAUUGUAUAAAUUUCCCUCUAAUUAAUUCCACAGUCUGCUCUGUGAUGACUGAUAUCAUGAGUGAACAGAGUUGUGUUUUGACUAACCAGGGCGGGAACUGACCAGGGUCACCUCGGACCUUUUGAACUCUACUAACCUUCCACUUGGACCUCUGACAGAGCACUGGCUCUCCCUACCCUCUGAGGUGUUGUGUCUUCAUGCUGAUUCGUUCUGGGUUUUUUUCUUGUUUUGUUUUUUACUUCUUUUGUUUUUAUAUACAUGUAGUAUACUGUUAAUCUGCUGCCAUGGCAAUGCUUUGUGGUUUAGUGGCGCAGAGCUUGAAUGAAGAGUGCGUUCAAAAACCGUUAACGGAGCGGACUCACUCUGAGGAAACAAGCCAUCGCACAGGACACCGCAAACGCCGCAACACCGCCUGGCCUCACAGAGGUAUUAUCACACCUUUUCUACUGUCUGUCAGAGAACUUGUGGAUUGUUUUUCUUUUUCAGUCUG